UGUGGUAAUCUAAGCUGUCAAACGCUCUGUAAUUUUCUUGGGGGCUUGGGGGCUAUCCGUUUGAAACAUCUGUUCCGUUUCUGAUAACGAGAUUAUUUUUCUUGUGGUAGGUACAUAUCCUUGUUCUAUGUGAGAUUUUGCGUAACUUAAUAACAUGUAGAUAUUUUACAGAUACCUUGUAAGAAUCAUGGCAGAGUCUCAAUCGAACGAUGUCGAUAUUACUACUUGCGUAGUUUGUUUCAAGAAUGUGUUAUAUUUCUCAAUUGGCGAAUGUGACCACCCUGUUUGUUUCGAGUGCUCGACUCGUAUGCGAGUGCUUUGUUUGCAGAAUGAGUGCCCCAUCUGCCGUCAAGACCUUUCAAGGGUUGUGUUUACUGAAUCCAUCCAACCUUAUAAGGAGCUUCGUAACAGGGUGUUUAGUGAUAGAUUGUUUGAAAGACAGUUCAAGAUUGGGUUCUGUAGUGAGGAAAUAAAAAAUGCAUAUGAAAAAUUACUGGAACAUCGCUGUAAAAUCUGUGAAAAAAUUCCACCUUUCCGUACAUUUACUAUGUUGAGUGAUCACAUGAGAAGGUUGCAUGAGCGUUAUUACUGUGACCUUUGUGUUAAACAUUUGAAGAUAUUUACUAGUGAAAGGAGAUGCUAUACACGCCAAGAACUAGCACACCAUCGACGGAAAGGAGACCUUGAUGACACAUCUCACAGGGGUCACCCUCUCUGCGAAUUCUGCGAGGAGAGAUUUAUGGAUGCUGACGAGCUUUAUCGGCAUCUACGUAAGGAGCAUCUCUACUGCCAUCUCUGUGAUGCGGAUGGAAGGAACUUAUAUUACGCGUCGCAUUCAGCUCUUGCGCACCAUUUUCGUACCGAUCACUAUCUAUGUGAAGAAGGUGAAUGUGCUGAACAACAUUUGACUGCAGUAUUUAGAAGUGAAAUUGAUCUCAAAGCACACAAGGCUACUGUACAUGGUAAAGGAAUGACCCGUGGCGCGGCUCGACAAGCGAGGACACUGGAAUUGCAAUUUAACAUCACACCGCAUCCCGUUGUACAAAGGGCACCCAGGGAAAGGGCGGAGCCGCCUCCAGUUAGCACGCCGCCCCCCGCGCCCCGAAUCGACACUCGCAGUGACGAACAAUUUCCUCGUCUCUCUACUGCUCCACCACCUGCCAAUCUUAUGCUUGGACCAACUAGAUCUUAUAAAGGUGCGGAAGGUUUGACCCGCAACGACAAGAACUUCCCCGCGCUGGAAGGCGGAGCGGGGCCGUCGCGGCCCGCUGCGCCCGCCCGCAGCAGCGCGCCCGCGGCCGCCGCGGUGCUCCGCAACUCUAAACCAAGUGUAUCCAUUCAACUGCACAGUCAGCCGGCAAGCGCCAGCAACUUCAGGAUAACGCAGACAAGUAGCAACCGUAUAUCGAUACCGGCGCAGAAGAAGCAGCCACCGUUGAGCGACGACGAUUUCCCCUCCCUCAGUAUCGGAAGAGAUGAUCACCCAAGCAUUGGUGCUGGUACUACUCAACCGCCAAAGGUCACAAUGAUCAAUAGCGAAGAAAUGCAAGCCUUUAAAAACAGCAACAUACAUAACCAGCCGAAGAAAACAAACCUAAGCGCCGAAGCUUUCCCAGCACUGUCAUCUACGUCUACGCCCACGGCUCCACCACAGUGGAUCAACGUUUCUAAAUCAAAAGAAAAGCCGAAACAGAAAACGGUUCCGACUCCACCCUCUAAAGGGCCCGCAUUCAACGCCGUAGCUGAUUUUCCAACAUUGCCAGUUAAUAUGGCGAAAUCAAAACAAAAAAAAUCCCAGCCUCAAGUAACUCCCAUAAACACCACUGUACAGAACGAAAAUGUAAAGAAUAAAAAGGAGAAGAAGAAACAGAGCAAUACCUCCAAAAAGGAAAACUUCUACGAGUCUAACCAUAUGAAUGGUUUGAUUGACAACAAUAACGAUCUGUCAUACAUCACCCCAAGUGUUAACAGCAACAAUCAAAGUGUUGAGGCUGAUAAGAAAAUAAAGACUGUUACAGAUACCCCUGCAACAGCGACGGGAAAUACUCAGAAAAGUCGCAAUAAUGCCAACCAAAACUUCACUUUGGCGCCAAAGGACUAUCCACCACUUACUCCAAUGAAUGAAAAUCAGGCUCCCGCAAAAAGCUUACAUAAUGGCAGCGUGCCACCAGGCUUCAAACCGAGGCCGCCAUUGAAAUGUGACGGCAUGACCUUUACUAACUCGUCUGGCCAAACAUUUCCGGCCCCAGUGCACACCUAUAUACCACCGCCUAACUUUGAACAGAGGAAUCGAGCGUUGGUUAAAAAGUUUGCUGCGGCUCUAGGGGAUGCUUCUGCGGUCGAAAACUUCAAAGUGGCCUCUAGAGCAUUCCGAGACAGCAUCAUAAGCGCCGAGGAGUUCUAUCAACACUGCGAAUCAGCCUUGGGCUCCCAGAUGGAGUCCUUGUUUCCAGAUUUAGUGGCACUUUUGCCUGAUAUAGCAAAGCAACAGGAGUUAGUUGUGGGCAGGGAUGUCAGCUCCCAACUGGACGUGUGUAUGACUUGCGGCCAACUGCUAUCGCCCAGCGAUCGUAUCGCACACGACACUGCCCACUGGCCGCCUCUAGCACCUCGUUAGUUAGUUUACAAACUUAAUUGUGAUACAUAUUUCAAACUUAUCAACAUCAUACAUAUAAUUAGUGAAUCCUCAACACGAAGCAGACUAUUAUAUAAACUCAAAAACAAACGGCCUUGAUUUUACUUACUUGGUGUGUAUUUUGUUUUCUGAAAAACAUUUGUUAAGAUAAUGUAAAACCAUUAAUGAGAGGUUUCAAAAUAGUCGACUGUAUUUUAUCUUGAUCAAGUUUAGUUCAGCCUAUGUCUAUGUGAGUAAUAGCAUGCUUUAUGAUCAUAAUUUUGUACUGUUUUGUAAUGUACAAAGAUGUGUUAUAUUUUGUUAAUAAUGGUCUACUAAUACAGUCCAUUGUAUUCUAUUGUCAUAGAUUCUUUGUGAAAUGUUUUAUGAAACAUUAAGCAACAAUUAUUAUCGGAACGAACUCUGAAACUCAUGCUUCAGGUUAUUGACAUGUAAUCAAAUACAUUUAGAAGAUGACAGUAUCGCAAUUAAUAAGCUAAAUGUGAUUAUAUAAAAUGUAAAUGUUACACAGUGUAAAAUAUAUUGUUUAAUUCUAGUUAUUAUAUUUUUGUACUUGCAACAAAGCUUUUAGUUCGUUAUUACAUUUUGUUAAAUACAUCUGAUUUCUUUAAUUGCAAAUAGGCUCUCGUAUUUUUCCGAACAAAGUAGUCAUUUUAGAUUAUUGAAAACAGUUGUGAGAAAUAAUUAAUUUGUUACUGUUGGUGUGUUUCUGGUGAUAACAAAUGAAUAUAUGAAUAUAGUUCACGUUUAUAAUC